CAUUUAAAAUUUGCGACGCCACACAUAUCUGAUGACAUAUAUACAUUUCUGGAAAGUCCAACUGUGAUAGCAUCAAUUUUAAAUAGACUGAUAGUGAUCGAUAAUAUAGAUUCUUAUCAGCUGUGUUUGUUGUUUAGACUUCUGUAUUUUGAAAAUAAACUAUCAAUAGAGAAAUUUUGAAAACAACAGUAAAUGAGUAUUUAAGUUUAAAGCUGAAAAACAAUUUAGUCCAUAAUCAUAAUCAAGAUCUGAAAAGAAAAUACUGACCACGAAAUUUUUUACAUAAAGGUGCAUAAUUUCGAAUAAUGUAGUCUUAAACCAAGCAUUAAUUUUUGGUUGCGAACUAUUUUUGACCUGAGAAUAAUAAACUGUAGACAAUACGUCUUUUUUCCAAAAUACUUCGAUGCAUAUUGCACACGUAUCUUUGCACUCAUCCGACUACGUGUACAAUGGCUAAUCCAAUCAUCAAAAUAUCUACUACCACUAAUUGUUCCCAUUAUCAGUGCAACGUCGUAUCGUAGGCUCUUCGGUCAUAUAUAAACAGAAUUACGUCGAACACGCCUAUCAUUAACACUAAAUUAGCCACUACGGUGACAUCUACAAAAAUGUUUAUUUAUCUGCCAACUUUAAUAACUUUCGUUUGCGCUCUGUAUCUUUAUUUCACUCGAACUUUUGACUUUUGGAAAAAGAGAAAUGUGAAAGGACCAUGCCCAAUACCAUUUUUUGGUAACUACAUUGAUGUAUUCUUCAGAAGGAAACAUAUUGGCGUUCUAUACCAUGAUAUUUACAAACAAUAUCCAGAUGAGAAAGUAGUGGGUUUAUACAGAAUGAUGUCACCAACUUUGUUGAUUCGUGAUCUUGAUAUAGUGAAACAAGUGCUGCAAAAGGAUUUUGAAUCUUUUCCUGAUCGUGGAGUGUACUACAGCAAGCAAAAGUUGGGAAACAAUCUCUUCCACGCUGACGUCGAAGUGAUGAAAGGACUAAGAAAACAUAUGACUGCUGCAUUCACACCAAACAAGUUCAAGGCUAAUUUCAAUAUGCUUGCUAAUCGAGCGGAGCAGUUUCUUGAAUACAUGGGAAGAGUUAGCGACGAAAAUGGAGAAGUAAAUAUACUGCCGGUUUUUAGAAAAUAUGGUGCUGACUCUAUCAUGAUGGCUGCUUUCGGUAUCGAUUUGAAGCCUUAUGAUGAAAACAACUUAAUAUGUGAUGUGUUGGAUGAAGGAAUUCAGUAUCCUAGAUAUCUUCUUGAGCUAGAGCUACUUUUCCCUGGCAGUCUUACAAGAUUUGAUUUAUCAAUAUUUCCUGAUAGAAUAUCUCGGUAUUUUAAACAAAUAAUUGAAGCUGGUGCGACAUUAGGAGUCACGGAGAAAACCGAAAGAAAUAGAGCUAUUGAUAUUAUGAUGGAAUUAAAAAGACAAGGAAGUAUUAAUGCCUCUAGGAAAGAAAAUGGCGAAAAGGAACAUUGCUUGGAAAUCACAGAUGAGAUGUUAGCUGGUCAAGCAUUUAUCUUCUACUUUGCUGGUUAUGGUAAUAAUUCAUUACUAUUAUCUUAUGCAUUAUAUUACUUGGCCAAAAACCCUGAAAAACAAGAUAUACUAAUACAAGAAAUUGAUGAAGUUAUGAUGAAGCACGAUGGUAAAUUUUCUUACGAAUCGUUAAAAGAAAUGAAAUACCUAGAGAUGGUUUUUGAAGAGACUUUACGCUUGCGUCCUAUGACAAACGCUGUUGUCAGGAAUGCUGCAAGAGAUGUGCAGUUAGAAGGCACAGAUAUCAUCAUUCCAAAAAAUACUAUCCUAGCAAUAUCUCCAUACUCAUUCCAUCACGAUGAGAAAUAUUUCCCUGAACCAGAGAAGUUUAAACCUGAGAGGUUUUCUACUGAAAAUAUGAGGGAACAACAUCCCUGUGCUAUGUUAUCCUUUGGACUUGGGCCAAGGAGUUGUCUUGGUUCAAAGUUCGCUCUACUCCAGUUUAGUAUUUGUAUGGUGAAGUUGUUAUUGAAAUACAGAGUAGAAUGUACCAAGGACACUCCAGAAUCACUCACGUACACUCCCACGCGACUCCUACUGACUCCAAAUGAAAGAAUAUAUCUCCGAUUAGUGAAUAGAGAUAAGUAAUAGUAAUGUACAAUAAUCCAAUUAGGUCUUUUAAAUAAGUAAAUCCUGUAAAUAAACUUAGAUAUAAUUAUUAAAUUAUUA